UCUGUCUUCGCUGUCCCCCUUUCCUCCCAGACAGACCCUGCCCUUUCCCUUCUGCUGCCCAGCCUGUGAAGACGGGCGCCACACAAUGGCGAGCAGCCUCUGCGGCCUGCGGAGCUGACACUGCGGCCCCUCCUGCCGGGAGCUGAGCUCAUGUUAAGUGGUGCACCCCCCCCCCACCCCCACCCCCACUGAAUGGUAGUCAUCAUGGCGAAGUGUGAGACGGGCAGCACCAGCCCUGUGGUCAGGCAGAUCGACAAACAGUUCCUGGUCUGCAGCAUCUGUUUGGACCGAUAUCACAACCCCAAAGUUCUGCCCUGCCUGCACACUUUCUGUGAGAAAUGUCUACAGAACUACAUCCCUCCCCAGUCUCUGACACUAUCCUGCCCAGUGUGCAGACAGACGUCCAUCCUGCCCGAGAAGGGUGUCGCAGCCCUGCAGAACAACUUCUUUAUCACUAACCUAAUGGAGGUGUUGCAGCGAGACCCAGAGUGUAGCCGGCCGGAGGCGAGCAAUGUAUUGGAGUCGGCCAACGCAGCCACAACCUGUCAGUCCCUUUCUUGCCCCAACCAUGAGGGAAAGGUCAUGGAGUUUUACUGCGAGUCAUGUGAGACAGCCAUGUGUCUGGAGUGCACAGAGGGAGAGCACAGGGAACAUGUGACCGUCCCUCUGAGGGACGUGUUGGAGCAGCACAAGUCUGCUCUCAAAAAUCAGCUAGACACCGUUUGUAACAGACUGCCACAGCUGACUGUUGCCAUUGAGCACGUUAAUGAGAUCUCCAAGCAGUUGACGGAAAGGAAAAGUGAAGCAGUGACUGGAAUCAGUAACACUUUUGAUGAGCUGGAAAAGGCUUUGCACCAACGCAAGAAUGCUCUGAUCACAGAGGUGGAAAAUAUCUGCAGCUCAAAGCAGAAGGUGCUUCAGGCUCAGCUGACCUCUUUGCUGCAAGGGAAAGAGAACAUUGAAAGCAGCUGCAGCUUCACAGAGCAUGCCCUCAGCCAUGGCAGCGCCACUGAGAUCCUGCUGGUCCAGAAACAAAUGGGCGAGCGGGUCAGUGCUCUGGCAAGACACAGCUUUGCCGUGCACCCCCAUGAAAACGGACACCUGGAAUGCCAGGUGGAGACGGACGGGUUGAGGCGCUCCAUUCAAAACAUGGGAGUCCUCAUCACAACGGGGGCUGUGGGCCACACUAGCGUUGCCACCGGUGAAGGCCUGAGGCACGCACUAGUCGGCCAGCACACCUCCAUCACAGUCACCACCAAGGACAAGGAUGGCGAGCUGGUGAAAAGCGGGAAUGCGGCUCUCCGAGCAGAGAUUGUCUCUGCAGACGGGGUGCGCACUGAAGCCGAGGUGGUAGACAACAAGAACGGCACGUACGAAGUCGGCUAUACCGUUCGCUCCGAGGGAGAGUUCACCUUCUCUCUGCUGCUGUACGGGCAGCCUGUGAAGGGGAGCCCCUUCCGCCUGCGCGCCGUUAAGCCUUCAGAUGUCCUGCAGUCGCCUGAAGACGUAAAGAGGAGAGUGAAGUCCCCAAGCGGAGGAGGGGGUCACGUCCGACAGAAAGCUGUCCGCAGGCCCUCCAGCAUGUACAGCACCACCAAGAAGAAGGAAAACCCUAUAGAGGAUGAGCUGAUCUACAGAGUUGGCACAAGAGGGCGAGACAAAGGAGAGUUCACCAACCUUCAAGGCAUCUCGGCUUCCAGUAACGGGCGGAUUGUGGUGGCAGACAGUAACAACCAGUGCAUACAGGUGUUCUCCAACGAUGGCCAGUUUAAGAUGAGGUUUGGGGUAAGGGGGCGUUCCCCGGGUCAGCUGCAGCGCCCCACAGGGGUGACCGUCGACGUGAACGGGGACAUUAUUGUCGCCGACUAUGACAACAGGUGGAUAAGCAUUUUUUCCUCUGAUGGCAAGUUCAAGAAUAAAAUAGGCGCUGGAAGAUUGAUGGGCCCCAAAGGCGUGGCUGUGGACAAAAACGGACACAUCAUCACAGCUGACAACAAGGCCUGCUGCGUCUUUAUCUUUCAGUCAAAUGGGAAGCUUGUAACAAAGUUUGGAGCCAGAGGAACAUCGGACAGACACUUCACAGAGAAAAGUGGUGCAAACAUUGCACUGGAAACAAAGAUUAGUAAAUCUGGCCCUGUUUUCAGUCCCCACUUUGUAGCUGUGAACAACAAAAAUGAGAUUGUGGUUACAGAUUUUCACAACCAUUCAGUUAAGGUGUACAAUGCGGACGGAGAGUUCCUGUUUAAAUUUGGCUCCCAUGGGGAGGGAAAUGGUCAGUUCAAUGCUCCAACCGGCGUUGCCGUGGACGCCAAUGGAAACAUUAUUGUUGCUGACUGGGGCAACAGUCGCAUCCAGGUGUUUGACAGCUCAGGUUCCUUCCUGUCCUACAUUAACACAUCAGCCGACCCCCUUUAUGGCCCCCAGGGCCUGGCCCUUACAUCUGAUGGCCACGUGGCCGUGGCGGACUCCGGGAACCACUGUUUUAAGGUGUACCGCUACCUGCAGUAGACAGCGAUUUCCUGUACCGCAGCCGCCUAGGAUGAAACAGGGUGUGACGGUAUUUCCAGUGCAGUCUUUGCACUUCAGCAAAUACCCGGCCCCUCAUUUUACUUUAUCGAUCGGGUUUGAAGGUAAUGUAGCAUCAUUGAGACGAAUAAAGAUGGAGGAUUUGGGCAGAAGUAAUGCAUUUUUGUGGGAAAUGACACUUUAGGAGGUAGAUUGAAGUAUUUAACCAGUCUUAACCUUUCCCGGUGCAUGAAGUAUAUCUUUUUUUCCUUCAAUAGCUUGGCAGCACAGUGUGACCACCAGUUGCUUUUACCAUAAACUAGUUGAUGCUUAUAGUUAAAUGAACAGUGCCAUGCUUCUGCAGCAAUGAAAUGUAAAAAAAACAAAAAAAAAAAAGUGCAGCAAAACCAUUUGUGCAUUGAUUUGCUGUAUGUACUGUACAUACAUGAAUGUAUAUUGUAUAUAUUAGAUCACUCUCUAUGUAUAUGCAGCGAUUUUUCAAGCAGUUUUUUUUUUCAUUUCACUGAUCAGCAAAGGAUGAAGGAUUCAAAGACUUUGAAUGUGUGUGUCGUUGCUGUGAGUGAGGUGACAUGCAUUUGAAAAGUUCUCGCCUGUUGAAGGAAGCAGCACAGCAGAUAUUUUGGUUUGUUAUUUUAAAGCGGACAAGUUUAAUUUAUUUUUAUGUUGUAUUAGUGGAACAUUUUCAGAUUAUUUUUGUAAAUCUUUCUUCUUUUCUUUUGAAUUUUACACCUUUUUAAGGUGAAAUUUUGUCUGUGUGACUAACAUAAAACUGUAAAAUUUAGCCUUUGUGCAGAUGGGCAGCUGACUUCCAAAGCUUCAGCACCGGUUUUGUUUUCAUUUGGAUGCCAAACUCAUUUUCUAAACCCUUGUUUAGAAUAAAAAUUGUUAGUUUUUAUUUUCAUAUUUUUGAAAUCACUUUAAAUAGUUUCGUUUGUGACCACUGCACCAGAAGAUGUUCAAAUAUCUCAGGACAUUUUAUCCAAAAUUGAUCACAGCGUCUGUUCAAAUAUGAUGCACAACUUUUUCAACUUCUUGGCUCAUUUGUUGAUGACUUUGCAAGAAAGCUGCUGAUCCGUGCAAAUUUAAUACCACAGGGAAAUAUUCAUUUUGUGGCUUUACAAGAAACUGUUACAAAUAUCCAGUCAUUCAUCUUUUUUUCAAUGACAUUAGCUGUAGAACAUGUUCGUGCAUUAGAAUCCACCCAGUGUGCUUCAUUUAUCAGCUACCUGCAACGGAGUUGCGCCAAUGGGGACUCAAAAACCAGGACUGGUGGAGCUGCGUGGUUUUUGCUCCCUCUGGUGUUCAUUCUAUCUUAAGAGCAAAGGAAGACAUGGUGUUGCUGCAUGAGGAAUAAGCUCCUGUGUUGACUAGCUUCAUAUGACAGUGCAAUGAACAUCGAGUUAUUCGGGUUAGCCGUCCAACCCGUUGAGAUUGGAUCGGGUUUUGGAGUGGAAAAGCACCUGUUUAGUCAACUGGGAUGUUGCCGUUUUUGUGAUUCGCUGUUUUGAGUUUGUGCCAAACAAGGAUCAAAGACUUCCUGCUCUGUGAGACAAGUGCUCACCUUUUUAAGAUGGAUUUACAUUUUCUUCACCCUCCCCUUCCUUUUUUUUCUCUAUGAAUAUGCACUGGUAAUAAAAGCACAUGGUUUACUGA